UCUUCAUUCAAUUUCUUUUGAUUUCUCCCUUUGUUUUCUUUCGAAACCCUACAUUGUUCGUACUUGCUGUCAGGGGGUUGGAAGCAGAGUUGGUAAUGUUCUUACUUGCUCAAUCCUACGAGGUUGAUAGAUGAUCGAAUGGCAUUGCAGCGAGACCUUGCGGCUUCGAAGGAGGAGCUUCAUUGCAUGAAUAUGGCCAUUGGUGACAUUCGCUCCGACCAUGAGAUGCAUUCGAGGGAGCUUGUUGACAAAGGCAUGAAUAUGGAGGCUGACCUCAGGGCAAAUGAGCCCUUGAAGAAUGAAUUAAUUCAACUGCGAGCUGAGGUUCAGAAACUUAACAGUCUCAAACAAGAUCUCACAACGAAGGUUCAGACACUUACUCAAGAUGUUUCAAUUUUACAAGCAAAGAAUCAACAAAUUCCUAUGAUGAGGGCUGAGAUUGAUGGCCUGUACCAAGAGCUAAUACGUGCCAGAACCAUGGUGGAUUAUGAAAAGAAGGCAAACAUAGAGUUCAUGGAACAGAGGCAGUCAAUGGAGAAAAAUUUGGUUUCCAUGACCCGGGAAGUUGAGAAAUUACGUGCCGAGCUUGCUAGUGUUGAUGGAAGACAUUGGGCUGUUGGUAUGUCAGGUAUGACUUGUUUGGUGUAUUGUUCUUUUGCAGAAUUUAUUAUCCUUCAAUAGAUAACUCCUUGUGCUAUCUAAGAUUGAUAAAUGAUAACUAUGACAGACUAAUCUUUCUCUAUGCCUCAUGGCCUGAAGGCUGAAUUCGGUAAUCAUGAUUGAAAAGCCAAUUUGACCCAUAUAAUUCCAAUUUACUGAGAUGUCAUUCUUGUUUUUUUGUCCAUUUUUUUCAUGUUUGCUUCAUUUAUGAAGGUGAGCCUUUUGAAUUGUUUAGAGGUCUACUAUUUUCUCCCUUCGUUAUUUCUAUUGUAUCCUCCUGUGAAGGCCUGCAUGUGCACAUGUGCUCCUCUGGUAUAUCAAUGUGUUAUGUGUAAUGCAUUGCAUACAAAAAUUUGUGAUGGAAACAGUGGCAAUAGAAGACCACUUAAAGUUCUAACUAUUGAUGAAGUGAACUCAUCCACGGCAAAACAAAUGACAAUAUAGGACAGCAACUGUGUGCACCUAAUUGUAGUUGCUUUGGCUACAAUUAAGCCUACAAUUAUAAAGGCCUCCAUUGAUCCUUAGUCGAA